AUGCGCCGUUCAAGGCGCCUGCUGGUGAUCUCCUUGGCUGUGGCGCUGGUGGUCCAUCUCAGGCUUGGGUCCCUCUUCGUGACCCUCGGCCGUGCAGAAGGUCCACGUCGGUUGCUGCUGGGAGCAGUGGGCAGUCUGCUAGGUUUUUCCCGCCAGUCUGCGCAGGCGCAGAGCAGCUUCAGCACAGAGAAGUGGGAUGGUUCGUUUCUGGACACCAGCAGAGACUGCAAGGAGAAUGCCGAGUUAGGGACCCCAGAGGGUACUUGCCUGCGGAACAUUGAUGCGCUGGGCGGCUAUGCCACGAUCUUGGGGAAGGACUCCCCAAAGGGCGACGUGUGGGAGUGCCUUGCGGAGUAUGACGACAAAAACAUAGAAGUUCCCUUCAAGGAGAAGGGAGGCAAAAAAGCCAAGGGAAAAUGGUUCAGCAACAAGAAGCUGGAAGUGAAAGGAAUCGAGUGGGAGGAUGGUACCGUCUGGGAAAAGAUGGAGUACAAGAUCAUCAACUCCCCGAACGAGCAGAUGGAUCCGCUUGGCUUGAUCAAAAGAAAGGGUGAGAAGCCAGAGGGAAAGCCAAAGUGA